AUGUACUUUUCACUGCUGCUGCUGAACCUCUUCGUCGCUGUUGCCCCCAAUAAUGUGGAAUACAGCUGCUAUUACUGCGAGUUCAACGUUGAAGACGUGAAUGCUGGCUUUGGCGCAUGCGCAAAUCCUGAUGAAGACUCGGGUGUGGCUGUCUCGUACUGCGACUCGGGCGCCUGCUACAGUAGAUGGAAUCCUAAGUCUGGGUUUGUGAUCCGUGGUUGCCAUGCCGGCGAGACCAAUGUUGCUGUCACCACCAGGGGCUGCACAAGGAACGCUAAUGGCGAGGUGGUUUGCUCAUGCGCAGCAAGUGAGGUCCCAUGUAACCAUGACGACAUGGCGCCAUAUUAUUUUGGUCGCCCCGGGAGAUAUUUUGCACUGAAGCAAAAGUUUGCCCCAGCCGCUGCAGCCGUUGAACACUCUGCCGAUCAUUACAAUGGCUUUGUUUCCAACACUAGAGGGAUAGUUGCGUCACUCCGAGCGGCUGCAGCCCGUGCUCCUGCUCCUGCCUCAGUUCCUCUAGGUGCCUCAGAUCCUGCAGUGGAGCACUCAGCCGAUCAUGAGAAUGGCUUUGUUGCUUUCGGUGCUCCGGCAGCGAAUUCUGGUGCCUCAGAUCCUGCAGUGGAACACUCAGCCGAUCAUGAGAAUGGCUUUGUUGCUUUCGGUGCUCCGGCAGCGAAUUCUGGUGCCUCAGAUGCUGCAGUGGAACACUCAGCCGAUCAUGAGAAUGGCUUUGUUGCUUUCGGUGCUCCGGCAGCGACUCCAGGUGCCUCAGAUCCUGCAGUGGAGCACUCAGCCGAUCAUGAGAAUGGCUUUGUUGCUUUCGGUGCUCCGGCAGCGAAUUCUGGUGCCUCAGAUGCUGCAGUGGAACACUCAGCCGAUCAUGAGAAUGGCUUUGUUGCUUUCGGUGCUCCGGCAGCGAAUUCUGGUGCCUCAGAUGCUGCAGUGGAACACUCAGCCGAUCAUGAGAAUGGCUUUGUUGCUUUCGGUGCUCCGGCAGCGACGUCAGGUGCCUCAGAUCCUGCUGUGGAACACUCAGCCGAUCAUGAGAAUGGCUUUGUUGCUUUCGGUGCCCCGGCAGCGAAUUCUGGUGCCUCAGAUUCUGCAGGGGGUCCCUCGGCCGAUCAUGAAGGCGGUUUUGUUUCUUUCGGUGCCCCACCAGCGACUUCAGGCGCCUCAGAUCCCGCAGUGAAACCCUCGGCCGAUCAUGAGAAUGGUUUUGUUGAUAUCGGUGCCCCAGGUGUGACUUCCGGUGCAUCAGAUCAACCUGUAAUGGUACACUCAGCGGAUCAUUACAACGGACUGAUAACAGUGAGCAGGGGGAUAGUGGCGUUCCUGAGGGCAGCUGCUGCUAGUGUGGCUGUGUAAGAAGGAUGAGGUUGGCGUGGGCCACCUGAAGAUCUUCAGAUGGCGGGGAAUUAAAUGCUCUACGCCCUGUUGCCGCCAGGUUUUGCUACAUGUUUAAAUUGCAUAAGACGUUAAUACAAACAUCUCUUAUCAGACUUUCAUAUGAUAUUACUAAACGCCAUUGUCUCUGUCAAUAAACACUUUUCAUUCUACUUCCAUUGUAUUAGCUCUCAUAAUCUUGUUUAUAAUUUUCCUUUUUUAACUCUGGCUGCAGAUGACGCUGUUUAUCAAAGUGCACGGAUAUUUUAGUAAGAUUAAAGCAACAGCAUUUCCAUCAUUUUUCUAUAAAACUGCCGGUAUAAGUUUGUUAAAA